GCCGGUGCAGUCAGCAAAUCGUGCUGGUGGCGUGCGUGCAUCGGGAGAGCGCUGCUCCUCCUCCUCCUCAAGCUUUCUCCAUGACGCUCUCAAAGAUGUCGUGGCGUCCUCAGUAUCGCUGCUCGAAGUUCCGUAACGUGUACGGCAAGGCGGGCGGGCGCGACCACUGCUAUGACUCCGUGCCCGUCACGCGCAGCGUCAACGACAGCCACUUCUGCGCCGUCAACCCCAAGUUCAUCGGCGUGGUCACGGAGUCGGCGGGUGGCGGCGCUUUCAUUGUCAUGCCGCUCACGCAGACCGGCCGCGUGGACCCACUGUGCCCGCGCGUGUGCGGUCACCGUGGGAACGUCCUGGACAUUAAGUGGAACCCGUUUGACGACAACAUCAUCGCCUCAUGCUCCGAGGACGCCUCCGUGCGCGUGUGGGAGAUCCCGGAGGGUGGUCUCCGUGCCAACCUGACAGCGGCGACGCGAGAGCUGUACGGGCACAGCAGGCGCGUUGGCCUCAUCGAAUGGCACCCGACCGCGGUCAACAUCCUCAUUAGCGCUGGCUACGACUACAAGAUACUGGUGUGGAACGUGGAGGCAGGCGAGGCAGUGCAGGUCAUCGACUGCCACCGUGACGUGGUGCUGUCACUCUCUUUCAACACGGACGGGAGCCUCCUCGCCACCACCUGCAAGGACCGCCGCCUGCGCGUCAUCGAGCCGCGCUCUGGUGCCGUGCUACAGGAAACUCACUGUAAAACUCACAAGGUGAACCGUGUGGUUUUCCUGGGUAACACGAAGAGGCUUCUCACCACCGGCUCCUCCCGCUGGAACAACCGGCAGAUCAUGCUCUGGGACCAGGAGGACCUCUCAGAGCCCCUGGUGCAGGAGGAGGUGGACGGCCUCUCUGGGCUCCUCUUCCCCUUCUAUGACCCUGACACCCGCAUGCUGUUCCUGGCCGGAAAGGGCGAUGGAAACAUCCGCUACUAUGAGAUUGGUAGUGACAAACCGUGCCUCCACUUCCUUGCGGAGUUCCGGUCACACUAUCCUCAAAAAGGCCUAGGGGUGAUGCCCAAGCGAGGCUUGGACGUGGGGGCGUGCGAGGUGUUCCGUUUCUACCGCGUCGUGGUCAUCAAGGCGCUCAUCGAACCCAUCUCCAUGAUCGUCCCGCGCAGGUCCGACUCGUACCAAGAGGACCUCUACCCGAUGACUCCAGGGGCAGAGCCUUCAAUGACGGCGAGGGAGUGGCUGAGCGGAGCGAACCAAGGUCCUGUGCUGAUGUCGAUGCGAGCAAGCUACAGGCCCCAGCCCCGAUCGGGCCUGAGAGCCAGUGGAGUGGGCAGCCGGCCAGAAAGAAAGGGCCUCAUAGUUGACGGUUAUGACCUCUUGGACAACGCACCUCCCAAGACAGAGAAUGAGCUCCUCAGGAUGUUUUACCGGCAGCACGACGAGAUCCGGCGGCUCAGGGAGCAGCUCACGCAACGCGACCUGCGCGUUCGACAGCUGGAACUGGAGCUGCACAACAUGCGCAACAAUGCCAAGAAUGCCUGACCCCCUGAACCGUCUCUCACGACCGCUCACCCACCCCCAUCGACCUCACCACCGUGCACUGGCCGGUCCCCUCGGCCUCUUCUAUCAAUACGCACCGACAAAAAUGCCUCGUACUGGUCACCAGUGCCCAGCGCAGUGGGCCGGCAGAUUAAAUUAAAGCGCAAGCCGAGCUGUGAAUGUUUCAUCAACCCUCGCCUACCCCUUUGUUCACUUCUAUCCUCAACAAGUCACUCGCCUGCUUGCCGUAUACUUAAACGUGCAGUGGUUUAUCAGCGUUUCUGCUCUCUCCUCCUCCUUCCCCAAAUCCUGACCAAAGGUUCUGUGAAGUCACUGCCAAUCAUAUCCCGAAUCAACCCCAACCGCUGCAAAUUUCUUCCUUCUCUUGAACGUAUUGUACAAAGCAAUGUUGACACUAUAAUACCAUUUUUUUCUUGUUGUUGCCAGUCGUGUUUUCAGCGGAGUUAUUUGCCAUGGGGACACAGCGAAAUAACUGGCAAUGUAUAUUCUUGGGAAAUAUUAUUUCCCUUCUACGUGACUUUACCGAAAGAACCAAGAAUAUGAAUCCCUGCAGUCACGAAAGCUUUAAAUCAAAAUUUUACUGGCAAUGUGUUUUUGUAAAAAUAAGACAUCAUACCCAAGCGUCGGCUAAAUGCGAGUUGCUCUAGCGGCUGCACUUAAUAAUAGCCUUGCGGUUUUGUGUCCAGUUGGCUUAUUGGAUUGCCUUAUCCUGGAAAGCAAGCGUCGAGGCCGAGCCGCACUCACGUGGGCGGGGGGGGGGCUGUCCCAGACGGUUAAAUUAUCCCCUGGGACAAGGAGCCCCCCACUCCCUGGGGGGCCCUUAGCUCAUUCUUUGCAUGGCAGCACAGACGGUCGUGGUCUUACCCACGCUCUGGGUGACCCCGAUUGAUGCGACCCAGGUCACCGUGACCCACCAUCGCUCCGAUGAGCAGUGUGGUCUAUUUGGAGCGGUGCUCGAUUGGGACAACGGCGUUGCUGAUCAAAACACGUGGUUUGGUUUUGUAUAGAUAAAUUCUAAUCCAAAUGAACAUGCGACGAUUUAGGCAACUUCAGAAUUGCAGUUUUCUGCCCAGUCUCGUCGUCUCGCAUAUCGCCAUAGCGUGUCCCAACCAGAACACGCUCUCUCUCUCAUGUCGCCAUAACUUAUUCGUUAUCUUGUCCACAGCAGCCACGCUAUACUGUGGCAAAUGCUAUAUACUGCGAUAGUGCUUUGGUGACAGAAAACACGUAUUGCUGUGGUGGUGUAUGUGUAAUCUAUUGGCUGUGGAGAAGAGAAUGGGGGCAGAAACAUCACGUUAAACAGACAAUGCAGUCCACUGCGGCUGUGGGUUUUUUGAGUGAGUGAUGUUAUUAUUGGCCGUGCCAGUGUCGUGAGGAUUAAUUGACUCCUUAGCAAUCGCAGGUCUCUCGUGGCAAUAUACCGUACUUACUUUUGUAGGCAUUUAGCCUUUUACACGCAAAGCACUACUUGAUUUGACUUUAGCGAAAUCAAAUGUAAUCAUUUACUGUAAUGUAAAAAAAUACUGUACAAAGCCUUUUUACAUAUUUUGUUAAUCUAUAGAAUGUAUUAGAGCGUUGUUGAUUUUGUUUGCCAAAAAUGAAAAUAUAUAUACGCGGUAUAACGAAUGACAGGGUAAUUCUUCCGUCACGCGAACACGAGCAGUGGCACAAGCACAGGGUGAGGUUUAAAUAGCGCUCUAUUACCACCGUGUAAAAAAACUCUUUUGAAAGUGCAUUGCUGCUGCAUAAGAUAUCAGCAACCCAAGAGCACAGCUCCUGAUGUAAACUUUCAAAACGGUGGAACCGUUGCGGCGUUAAUGCCACGUUU